AUGUUCAUCGAUGACAGCGAUGCACGGGCACCUUUUUGGGCAUACAUCCUGGGUGCAUUAGGACUUUUUAUCUACCAGUCUCUGGAUGCCAUUGAUGGGAAGCAAGCCAGAAGAACAAACAGUAGUUCUCCUCUAGGAGAACUCUUUGAUCAUGGUUGCGACUCUAUUUCCACAGUUUUUGUUGUCCUUGGAUCCUGCAUAGCAAUCCGACUAGGAACAAAUCCUGACUGGUUGUUUUUCUGUUGUUUUGUGGGACUGUUCAUGUUCUAUUCUGCUCACUGGCAGACAUAUGUAUCAGGCAUACUGAGGUUUGGAAAAGUUGAUGUAACUGAAGUUCAGAUUGCCAUAACAGCGCUGCUCUUGAUCUCUGCGUAUGGUGGCGCAGCAAUAUGGGACUAUCAGGUCCCUCUGGUGGGCUUAGAACUGAAGUUCUUUGCAGUUUUUGGCAUACUGUGUGGAACAGCACUUUCUUCUUUCAAUUACUUCCGUGUCAUCUUUGGCGGAGGGGUUGGAAAGAACGGAUCUACAAUAGCAGUGGCUCACAUGACAAAAAGUGAAAUCUGUCUUCAGGACACUGCAUUUAUUGGGCCAGGACUUCUCUUUUUGGACCAGUAUUUCAACAGUUUCAUUGAUGAAUACAUUGUUCUGUGGAUAGCAUUGUUCAUAUCCUUGUUUGAUAUGCUGAGAUAUGCCACUGGUGUAUGCCUGCAGAUUGCUGCUCAUCUUCAUAUACAUGUCUUCAGAAUUUCAUCUCAUCAAGCUCCUGAACAGGUUCAAAACCAUGAUGACUGAUUAAAUAGGUCAAGGACAAGAGAAGAAGCAGUUAGGGGAAUGGUGAAUGCAGCAGCCUCUCUCUUUUUGGGACGACAGAUUAAGCUUGCCAAGAAAACAGUUUUGUGAGAAAGCUCACUCUAUCCCAGACGUUACCACAU